CCGUUCAAACUAGCGUGUCGGAGAAAUUAUCCAGCAGACCGCCAUUUUCCAUCUCUGACGUUCUCUCCUAGAGCCCCAAUACUUAUGUAUGGCUCGUGCCCAUGCCGCUAUUGCCGUCCACAAAAGCUCGCGAACUCAGCCCCUGUUGGUGUUCUCAGCCCGAUCCCCCAAAAUUAAUGGCGGCAGAAGCCAUCUCUUCUUCUCUCCUUUUGCUUAUCAUCUUCUCCUUCUCUUCGCUAGCCGCAUCCCAAACGAAAACAGAGGAUGGAGAGAGGCAAAUUCUCCUCCGAAUCAGGGAGGAUUGGGGAAAGCCCUCGGUUCUCAGCUCUUGGAACGACUCCAACUCCACCAACCACUGCAACUGGACCGGAAUCGGAUGCUCCGCUCAUGGCUCUGUCACCGAGAUCACACUCGUCAACGAAAGCAUCAGCCAACCGAUCCCCACCACCAUCUGCGAGCUGAGAAGUCUCUCCUUUCUCGACCUCAGUGACAACUACAUCACCACCUCCUUUCCCACGUCCCUCUACAACUGCUCUAACCUCUUGCACCUCGACCUAUCCUGGAACUACUUCGUCGGUGUGAUCCCCUCCGAUAUCUACCGUCUCUCUCCCGGUCUCACUGACCUCAUCCUCUCAUACAAUAACUUCAUCGGAGACAUUCCCCCCUCCAUCGGCCGGCUCCAGGCUAUCAAGAAUCUUGCUCUCGAUGGCAAUUUCUUCGCUCCGGCAACGAUCCCCUCAACUUUCCGCAAUUUGACACAGUUGAGCUCCCUGUUGAUGAGCAAGACUAAUUUGAAGGGCGAGAUCCCUGAAUUCAUCUGGAGUCUAAAGAAGCUAAAGUACCUUUAUUUAUCUGCAAACAAUCUAACUGGAGAGAUCAACAUCGACGGAACAAUUGGCGCCUUGGGGUUGAAAGAGAUCGACGUCUCGAUGAAUCAAUUAAGUGGAUCAAUCCCGGAGGAAUUCGGCAAGCUUCAGAACCUCUCCAUCCUCGACCUCUCAUCCAACCGGCUCUCCGGCGAGAUCCCGAUCUCAUUACAAAAGGAUGUUGGAGAUAACCCUGACGGGUGUGUUUGCACGAAUCACGCGGAGGUGAGGCAGCGCCCACCGGCUUCACGGUGAGCUGACGUGUUGUCAAUUUAAAUCUGCAUGGUUUUGUUACGAGCGUUGGGAUGACGCGUUCGUUUGAAUGUUUUGUUACGUGCGUUGGGCACGAGGUAUAUUUUAAAUGUUAGUUGCAUGGAUUAAGGGACGACGUUGUUUUCGUCGUUUUGUUUUUAUUUGUUAAACAGUUUCCGAAGUAGUAGGACAGGGAGUUGUAAUCAUCGUUGGUUUGUUAUAUAUAUAAAACGAGCAGACGCUGUGAGGGACUAA